AAACAACACUCGCUUUUGCGCCUACACAUGCGCACCGUUUAAUUUUGCUUACACGGAGCCGUUUGUUUACGAUGUCAUGUAGCUAGACAUUUUCACCCCAGGUUUUGAAUGACGAAACCAUCACAAGAUGACCGCGGCGGCGGCGGGAGGCUCUCCUCCCCCGCGCUCGUCGAGACGGUGGCUGGCUUGUCGGCCGGCACCAUGGCCACCCUGAUUGUGCACCCGCUUGAUAUAGUCAAGACACGAAUGCAGAUCCACCGCUCGUCACACAGCCCUAAUACCCCCCCACCAACAACAGUCUCUUUGAUCCGCACGCUCAGCUCCAACCCGAAACCGCUCGCGAGUCUGUAUAGGGGUUUAACACCCAACUUGAUCGGGAAUGCCACAAGCUGGGCGUCGUUUUUCUUUUUCAAGAAUAAUGUUGAGAGGGGGAUCUUGUAUCUCAAAUCCUCGUCAUCCUCCCCCUCCCAGCAAAAUGUGGGGGGCCUGUCACCACCAGAUUUUUUUGUUGCCUCGUUGGCGGCCGGGGCGCUAACUCAGAUUAUCACCAACCCGAUCUGGGUGCUCAAGACACGGAUGGUCUCCUCUGACGCGGGGACAAAGGGUGCCUACCCUCACAUGCUCGCCGGGGCUGUCGAGUUGUUUCAGACGGAGGGGAUAAAGGGGUUUUAUAGAGGGUUGGGGGUGGGGAUGUUGGCUGUUAGUCACGGGGCGGUGCAGUUUGCUGUCUAUGACCCGCUCAAGAAGAUGUACUCGGCACAGCAUAAGGAGAGGAAGGAAGGGGAUAUGAGCAAUGAGGCGACUGUUGUCUUGAGUACGAUUGCCAAGUUGGUUGCUGGUGGGAUUACCUACCCGCUUCAGGUACUGAGGAGCAGGUUACAGGGCUACGAGGCAGAGGAGAGGUUUGGCAGGGGCAUAAAGGGCGUGGUGAGGCAGCUUUGGAGGGAGGAGGGGAUAAGGGGGUUUUAUCGGGGGGUUAUGCCUGGUGUUGUGAGGGUUUUGCCGGCGACGUGGGUGACGUUUUUGGUGUAUGAGAAUGUGAGGUUUUAUUUGCCGAGGUGGGGGAGCUGAUUAAAGUGGUUGAACAGAUGGUAGAUGACUGUAUUAUUUGUACAUAUAUAUAGGGUAUCAUUAUUUGCUCUUGUCUAUGGGUGUGGCUUUUGUGGGCGUAAUCGGAUUCUGAGAUACCUAUAAUAUCAUUUUCUGCUCGACAAA